AUGGCGGGGGGAAGGAAAGGACUUGUUGCCCCACAAAAUACUUUUUUGGAGAAUAUUGUCCGGCGAUCCAAUGACACAAAUUUUGUACUUGGGAAUGCCCAGAUCGUGGACUGGCCUAUUGUGUACAGUAAUGAUGGGUUCUGCAAAUUAUCUGGAUAUCAUCGAGCAGAAGUUAUGCAGAAGAGUAGCACUUGCAGCUUCAUGUUUGGGGAAUUAACAGACAAAGAAACAACUGAAAAAGUACAACAAACAUUUGAAAACUAUGAGAUCAACUCGUUUGAAAUCCUCAUGUAUAAAAAGAACAGGACCCCAGUUUGGUUCUUUAUGAAGAUAGCUCCUAUCCGGAAUGAACAAGACAAAGUGGUAUUAUUUCUUUGCACCUUCAGUGAUAUCACAGCUUUCAAACAACCAAUUGAAGAUGAUUCAUCCAAAGGCUGGGGUAAAUUUGCUCGUCUGACAAGGGCACUCACAAGCAGCAGAGGUGUUUUACAACAACUUGCUCCCGCUGUGCAUAAAGGAGAAAGUAUACACAAGCACUCACGGCUGGCUGAGGUUUUACAGCUUGGUUCUGAGAUUCUUCCACAGUACAAACAAGAAGCACCAAAGACUCCACCCCAUAUAAUCCUGCAUUACUGUGCAUUCAAAACUUCCUGGGAUUGGAUUAUUCUGAUCCUGACCUUCUACACUGCAAUCAUGGUUCCAUACAAUGUCUCCUUCAAGACCAAACAAAACAAUGUGACUUGGUUGGUGGUUGACAGCAUAGUUGAUGUAAUCUUUUUGGUAGACAUUGUCCUCAAUUUUCAUACGACUUUUGUUGGGCCAGCAGGGGAAGUAAUUUCAGAUCCUAAACUCAUCCGCAUGAACUACUUGAAGACUUGGUUUGUAAUAGAUCUCCUCUCCUGUUUGCCAUAUGAUGUUAUCAACGCCUUUGAGAAUGUUGAUGAGGGUAUCAGCAGUCUCUUCAGCUCUCUGAAAGUUGUGAGGCUUCUUCGUUUAGGCCGAGUAGCACGAAAGUUGGACCAUUACAUUGAAUAUGGAGCAGCUGUGCUGGUGCUUCUUGUGUGUGUCUUUGGACUUGCCGCUCACUGGUUGGCUUGCAUCUGGUACAGCAUCGGGGAUUAUGAAGUGAUCGAUGAAGAAUUAAACAGAGUCAGAACUGAAAGCUGGCUAUAUCAGUUGGGAGAAACCAUAGGAAUGCCAUAUCAUUUUAAUACAAGUGGAACAGAAAAGUGGGAAGGUGGACCAAGUAAAGACUCUGUGUACAUUGCCUCACUGUACUUCACAAUGACCAGCCUCACCAGUAUUGGGUUCGGUAACAUUGCUCCAACCACUGACGGCGAGAAGAUUUUUGCAGUGGCUAUGAUGAUGAUUGGCUCUCUCUUGUAUGCAACCAUAUUUGGUAACGUGACAACGAUCUUCCAACAAAUGUAUGCUAACAGCAACAGAUACCACGAGAUGUUGAACUGCGUCCGAGACUUUUUGAAGCUUUAUCAGGUGCCCAAAGGCUUGAGUGAACGUGUCAUGGACUACAUUGUUUCGACUUGGUCAAUGUCAAAAGGAAUUGAUACUGAAAAGGUUCUAGAAAUAUGUCCUAAGGAUAUGCGUGCAGACAUUUGUGUUCACCUGAAUCGUAAAGUGUUCAAAGAGCAUCCUGCUUUUCGGCUCGCAAGUGAUGGCUGUUUACGAGCUCUGGCAAUGGAGUUUCAGACCAUUCAUAGUGCUCCAGGAGAUUUAAUAUAUCACGCAGGUGAAAGUGUUGACAACCUUUGCUUUGUGGUUUCUGGGUCCUUGGAAGUAAUUCAAGAUGACGAAGUUGUUGCUAUCCUAGGGAAAGGAGAUGUCUUUGGAGAUGUUUUCUGGAAGGAAAAUACCCUUGCUCAAUCAUGCGUCAAUGUCAGAGCUUUGACAUAUUGUGAUCUUCAUGUUAUCAAAAGAGAUGCCUUGCAGAAAGUUCUGGAAUUCUAUACAGCCUUUGCAAACUCCUUUUCAAGGAACCUUAUACUGACGUAUAAUCUUCGGAAAAGGAUUGUGUUCAGAAAAAUCAGUGAUGUGAAGCGUGAAGAAGAAGAAAGGAUGAGGAGAAAGAAUGAGGCACCCUUAAACCUACCUCCUGAUCAUCCAGUCCGCAGACUUUUCCAAAGGUUCAGACAGCAGAAAGAAGCACGCUUGGCAGCAGAGCGAUUAAAAGAAACUGAGGAUGUGGAGAAAGGUCCUUCACAAUUACAAAGCCCUGUGAUGGAUGCAGCAGCAACAACCAGUGUAGUUACAGUUACAGAAAGUCCUGCAACUCCAAUCCCUUCGCAAGUGGUAAGAGCGUCAGCAGAGAUAUCAGACCAAGAUAAGUUGCAAGCUCCAACAUCUGAGCAGUUUGCAAAUGCUAGGCAAUCUAGUGAGUCCACUAAGCGCAAGGAUUCAUCAAAAUUUAAAGACUCUGGUUCCAAAGCAGAAAAUUGGAAUAAAGUGUCCAAGGCAGAAUCCAUGGAAACUUUGCCAGAACGAACUAAAGCACAUGAAGAGAUGUCUCUGAGAAAAACAGACUCAUUUGACAGUGGCAUCACAAAGAGUGAUUUGAGAUUAGACAAUGCAGGGGAAACACGGAGCCCUCAGGACAGAAGCCCAGUGCUUACGGAGGCAAAGCACACUUUUUGUCCAAUUCCCGAACAGACUCUUCAAGCUACCAUACUGGAAGUAAAGAAUGAGCUGAAACAAGACAUCAAAUCACUUAAUAACAAGAUCACCAACAUUGAAAAACAACUUUCAGAAAUACUGAGAAUAUUAAAUGCAAGAUCCACACAUUCACCACAGGAAGUGUUUGAAAUAUCGAGACCAACAACCCCAGAAGCAGACAGGAGAUUGUUUGGAUAAGGAAUAGCUGCAGGAG